GUGUAGUUCUGUUGAUGAUGGAAGGUAAAACAAGUGAAAGCCCAAUAAUGCAGGUGACGCGGUGAUGUAAUUAUGCGGAGGCAGUUCAUAUUAUUAGCUCAAGAAACAUGGCAGAGCAGGUCACGGAGAUGGUGAUCAAAGUGGAUCUUCAGUGUUGUCGCUGUUACAAGAAGAUCAGGAAAAUCCUGUCUGAUAUCCCCCAAGUAAAAGAUCCAACCUUCGACGAGAAAAAAAACACAGUGAAGAUCAAGGUGGUGGGUUGCGAUCCCAAGAAGGUCCAACAAAAGAUAUGUUGCAAGGGAAAAGAUUUCAUUUUAGGCAUCGACAUAGAAAAAGAAAAAGAAAGAGAAAAAGAAAAAGGAAAAGAAAAGGAAAAGAAAAUGAAAAAGAAAAAGGAAAAAAAUGAAAAAGAAAAAGAAAAAGAAAAAGAAAAAGAAAAGGAAAACUCUACAAAGGUUCAUUCAACGGAAGAACCCUCCAAAAAACCUCCACUGGUGAUAGGUUACCCACCGGUGUAUAUGAUCGGGAAGCUGUAUGUUUGUCCCUCAUGUCAUAAUCAGGGUUGUGGUUGGUUCUGUCUCUGCAACUGUCACUGCAGGAGGCCACCAAUGUGUGCUGAUGGAUGCGGGAGGCCAGCCCACGAGUGCAAAUGUAACAGGCCACCGAUGUGCCAUGGUGGGUGUGGGAGGCCAGUCCACGAGUGCAGAUGCAAGAGGCCACUGAUGUGCCAUGACGGGUGUGGUUGGCCAGCCCACGAGUGCAGAUGCCGGAGACCUAUUUACCCACGGUGCUGCGAUCACUGCAGUUAUGGAAACGUCUCUUCAUCAUGGACCCUGCAUGGUUGUGGCUACGGAAGGCCGGUAUGCAUCAAUGCCGGCGACGAGUGCGAAACUCCCUGUUCACUUAUGUGAGGAGAGUUGUGAGGCAUUUGUUGAAAUGAGGUUUCCCACGACUUGGUGUUUUUUCAAGAUCUAUGAUAUCACCACAUGGAUCUUUUACCUUGCACGAUACUCUCUUCACUGCCUUAAUAAAUACCAACUAUUUUGAGUUACGAAAAUGAGACUUUAGCAUGGUAUACAAGAUAUUCCAUUAGAUAUGUGUUGGCGUUGCGUCUUGAUUAUGUGUGCGCAAGACGGUUGAUAUGUUGUUUCAUAGGUUUUAACUUAUUACCCUCUAUCACCUUCGGUGGUCUCUAAUGUAUUUGCUGAUUUAUUACUUGUAAUAUACGGUUACGCGAGUA